AUGCUCACAGACCUAAGGGAGAUAGCCACUAUCGACCAUGCACCGGGUCGUAAUAGUAAUCGGCCUUUGGAUCAUUACAACAGCGGCGGCGCGCUCAAAGUCUCAAUGAAAGGUGCAUCCGUCAAGCUUAAAAAGGAGGAGUGCACACCUUGCCCGCCCACAUGCAACGAAGAAGGCUACGUGGUCGGGUCACCUACAGCUGCGUUAUGGGUGCAGUGCUCUUCAAGCCAAAAGAGGCACUAUUGGCGAUGGCAGGCUGGGACGGGUAACAACCAUCGUUCUCUUCAGUGCUCGAGAACUCAUACCGGAUUUAGGAAUGUCUAUCUAUACGCCGACGCCAUGUCGGCGCCGACAAAGAGUCGGCUUCGCGUAGCUCCAGUGAGCAAUCAAGAGAUAUCCGGUCUGUUGUGGGGACGGGAUGCCUCGUCAUCAAUGCUCUUUGCGUCGACUAUGACCCGAUACGAGCAGGACUUUCUAGGCUACCACAGAGCAUAUGACGCGACAACUCGUCAGAUAGUAUGCGAGUACAAGAUUGACGAAGCCGGCGAACAGCUCGCUGUAGAGGAGUCAGGUCGGUGGUACAUGUCCACUCUUGCAGCGCAAACUGAGCUGAUGUUUCUUCUGCGGUCCAGGUACAAGACUCAUCAUCUCGACAAGGCGGUCCAAACGCGCACACAGCCUAUGGUUGUUUGA